GCCUGGCCCCUCCCGUCGGGCUCAUCAUGGAGCCUGCCCCUGGGCAGCCUGGGUUGGAGUCCAGAACCCCGCUUUCCGGGUGCUCCCGGAACUCUCCUCUCGGACCUAGACCCGAAAAGCAGCCCUCUCGUCCGCCCCCGGGCCUCGGAUCUGGUGAGGUCUCUGAGGAGGAGCCAGGAGUGGGCGGGCGCGCCCAGCUGGGAGGGACCCGGAAGACUCCGAGCCUGCCAGCCUAUGAAACACCCGGGCCCUGUGGAACUCCACCCGGAGCCAGGGUCGCCUGGGGCCCUUGUGGGCCAGCUCGGAAGAGCCCUCGGCCCUUGGGCCGACCUGUCUCUGUUCCCCAAGCGACGAAGCCGAAGCCGGGAGGCGGUGCCCCCCGGCGCGCCCCGAGAAACAGCCGGAUGAACCCGGAGGAGGAGGAGGAAGAGGAGGAGCGCGAGCCCGAGAAGGGGGGCCGCCCGUUCCCCAGCCGCCUUCAGGACAGCCGCAGCCUGGAUGGGCUGAGCGGAGCGUGCGGCAGCGUGGCGGCUCCGCUUGGCGGCCAGGAGCAGGGGGCCAGCGGGGGCCGCCGGGCCACCAUCUCCAGCGCUCUCGAGCUGGAGGGCACGGUCAGCCGGCAUGGAGACCUCACCCACUUCGUGGCUAACAAUCUGCAGCUCAAGAUCCGCCUGAGCGGGAACCCGCAGCCGCAGCCCCCGCCCUCGGCCCGGCCAGCCCCGGUCCCCGCGCCGUCCAUCCCGCCCAUCGAUCCGGAGGUGCUGCGGGACCUGGAGCGGCUGAGCCGGGAGCUGGGUGCCCGCGUGGAACGGCUGCUUCGCGGGCUCGGCGGCGCGGUGCAGGAGCUGACGGCGCUGAGCGUGGGUUGCAUCCAGACCUAUCGAGACGCUGUGGACUCUCUGGGAGAGGCGGUGGACAUGAGCAUCAAGGGCAUGUACACGCUGCUGGCCCGGUGCGAGGAGCUGGAGCGGGCCCUGCAGCCAGUCCAGGGACUGGCCCGACAAGUCCGGGACAUCCGCCGCACCCUGGAAGUGCUGGAGGCUCUCUGCAAGUGAUAGACUGGAGAGGCUUGGGAGUGCCUCCACACUCAGGGAAGGGGUGGUUUGGUGUGUAUGAUGGUGGGAGGAGACCACCAGGGUCCUGUCUCCAGUCUCCUGUACACCCCUCCCCCCAACCUCAAACCCUUAGGGAGAAGAUGACUAUUGCCGAGGAAAAGAAGAGAAACCACUCCUUCUCACAUGUGUCCAGUGAUCCUCUUUCCCAUUCUAUGAGAUUUCUUGGUUGUGCGGAUAAGAGCGUCUUACAAUAUGUGCUGGGAAGCUUUCUUGUAUGUUGGGGAGGGAGUGUCUUCCAUAUGAGACCUAGUCCUUUUAAGAGUGGUAGGUUAGUCCUGCCCUGCCCUGUCCUAUCCUGUCCUGUCCCUAAGUGCUGCUCCUACUAAAUCCCUAGCUGAGGCACCAUCCACCCAGGAACCAGGUUUGAAGGUAAAAAGAUGUGGCCAUGAGAGGGGACAAAAAAGGGACAACUCCCAGCUGUGACCACCAUAUUGUGGCACCUACUGUAGGGGCUGACAGACAGCUGGUGAAACUAGUGUCUUCGGAUGAACUUGUAUUAAUGGCAAAGAAUGCCCCAGUCUUUCCACUGUCUCCCAAAACUUUGUCUUCACUCAUAUAAGGUGUACUUCCAACAAGAGUGAAGAGAGAAGGAGCUUACUGUACUAAGUCCUGAAUGUUUAGGUUCCUGCAGGGAGUAAGAGCUAGGUUUAUUCCUGCUAGGAUUUAUACGAGAAUUGUUGAUAGUUUUGAACCUGUUAUGGAGUUUAAUGAUCUUGGCCUAUGAGCCAACAUUUUUGACUUUCUGAGUUGUGUGGAAUUAAAAUGCUGCUCCUGUUAACAAUGAAA